GCGGCGCUGCUGAUGUCACUUGGUGAGGUUGUGCGCAUUGUGGAAGAUGGAGGCGCGCGUUGGUCUGGAGUUGCGGGUGAAAGUGCGCGUUUUAGCGCUUGUCUUCAUCGUUUUCAGCGUCGUCGUGGUGGUCGCGAAUGGUCACGGAAGCGAUGUGACCAGUAACAGCAUCCUUACAGAAAAUGGAACACAAGUGACUGUCAAUCAACAGGCAGCCAGUACUACCAAUAAUCUGACAUCUCCGAGAAGUGAGUCAGUUAAAACAAUUGAAUCCAAAACUACAGAGACAAAAUCUAGCAUUAAUGCUACAAAUCCAACCACCACCAACACGACUACAUUAUCUGCAACCACUUUGAAGCAGAUUUCAACGACAUCAGUGGGAGCUGCCGUUAAGAGUACGGAAUCUCUUAUAGCAAUAACACAGAAGGCAACUGCUGUCCAAAAUUCUGACCAGAUUGCACCAACCUUAAAAGACGUAUCAGUCGGAGAAGGUAACAAUAUCGACAACAAGCAAGAUACAGAAGUAAUGGUAAUUGGCACAGAUAUUGAAGAGGAUGAAGGUCUCAUUUCUAAUACAGAUCCAGAAAAAAUGGAUGAAAUGACAGAUAACCAAUUGUUGCUUGUUGGACAAGGCAAUUCUCCAUCUUAUUAUGAAGCAGAUGAAGAAAAAGGGGCUGAGGAGUAUUUUGAUAUAAAUCAAUUGGAUGAGGAUGAUCUGGAAAAUGAUAUGGAUGAACCUCCUGAGCUUCCUGAUCAACCAAUAUACAUUUCUGCACGUGAAGAAGAAGAUAGUCACUUCUUUUUCUACCUCGUUGCUUCUGCUUUUCUAAUUGCCAUUGUUUAUAUUACAUAUCACAAUAAAAGAAAGAUUUACAUUCUCUUAGUUCAAAGCAGACGAUGGAAGGAUAGUCUCUGCUCAAGAACAAUUGAAUACCAACGGUUGGAUCAGAACGUACAUGAUGCUAUGCCAUCACUUAAGAUUACAAAAGACUAUGUUUUCUAAAGGCAUUACUUGCAACUUUACUAAAAAAUGUAAAUAAAUUUGCAUUUUUCCAAUUUUUUUCCAAAGUUUUGCUGGUGGAAUAAUGCGAGCUAACCCUAAAUGUAGCUAUCUGCUCCCUUCUGUCAGCAUUUUCAAAAAAAAAUCUUUGCACCUUCAAACUAAACAGACAGAAAAGGUCAAGUACAGAAAUAACAUCAUUAAUCUUUGAGAAUGCAUCUGAUAAAAAAAUAGCUUCUGAAAUGGUUCUCUGAAUCAUUAUACCUAUUGUCAUCGCAUCAGAAAUUGCUUUGUUGACUGCUGAAAACAGUCGAGAAGAACAAUCUACCUUAACUUUCUGACAUAUGAGUCUCAUCUGAACAAGACUUUAAAUCAAAUUAUCUGGGUUUAUCCCUUUCAGAAUUCAGCCUUUCACAAACUCUUAAGGUCUGAAACUUUGACAGCUGUAACUGGCUAACUUAAAAUUUUAUACAAGAUUAAUAUUCGUAUCCAAUUCAGAUUCUGAAGAAAGGAUUCAAUGACAGAAGUUGUAUAGUUAUUCUUAUCCAUGGGCUAUCGAUUGUAAUCCUUGUAUUAGGGGCCAGUUAAAAUUGUACAUAGUCACAAAAAGUGACAAAUGAUUUCUUUGGGUGUCAUAUCAUUAGUUGUCUUAAGACCGUUUGCUAUUAAGAUAUUACUUGUAAGGUUAAAUGGUACAUCAGCCAAAACCAGGGUAACACAUACCUGUAGCCUUAGGAGAAUGCCUCAAUAUUAAAAUGCUUACUGCCCCCUCCCCAUUAUUCCAAAGUAUAUGACUACUGAAAUGUGAAGAACAUUUCACUAGCUUUCUAGAAUAUAUUAUUAGAUGCAUUGUAUUUUAUUUCAUAAUAUUCAGUGCGAUGUCUUAAAUUGUGUACUUUAUUUUUAGUAUGUCGUCUUGGUAGAUGUUGCAGUGCAGGAAGUAUGUAACUGUUGAAUGUUACAUUAUCAGUUUGGGUCAGAAAAUACUUUUUUUGAAAAUGGCUUCUGGAAUAGGUUACUAUUACCUGAGUGAUGAAUAAGUUUUCCUUUUUUAAAAAAAAUGAUUCUGCUAACUAAACAUGUAUUUCAGAAAUUGUCAAAUUCCUAAAGCAAAAUAACAAAUGUCGUAAGAUUAGUUGGCUUAAAAUGAUUGUAAUGGUUGGAUCAGCAAGGGAUAUGAAGGUUACUGAGAUGUUUAGUUAGUUUUGAUCAGUGUUUAAUUUUUGGUGUUUGUGACAAGUGUUGCAAAAAAAAGCACAAUGAAUCAUAAAUUUAAAAUAUGUAAUUUUUGUACCUAACUUCUGUAUGUUUUAAUAAAGUUUCAGAAUUCA